AUGAAGAUUGGUUUGUGCUCUGAACCUGUAAAAGCUUCCUAUCUGAAACAGAUGGCAGAUACACUGUCUCUGUUUAGUACAUGUUGUCCAAGAAUGGGAAGCCCUCUGAGUCCUAAGGAAAAGACUGAAACAAGUAAUUUUCAGAUCAUGUCUAAAGCAUUGUCUACACGUUUGCCUGAUUUGGACUCUGAACCUUGGAUAGAGGUGAAGAAGAGACAUUGUGCAUCCACAGUCAAACUAAAGGAAAGUGCUCCUAUAUCUCAUCAAACAUCAACUUGGCAACCAACUUGAUUUUUUUUGUUUGACAAAAAGGUGAAACAAAUUCAAGGUCAGAAGAAUAAAUUUACUGAUUGGUCAGACAGUGAUUCUGAUUAUGAAAUUGAUGAGCAGGACAUAGACAAGAUUUUGAUUGCAGCACAGACACCACCAUACAUGAGCGAACAUCCUGAUGCAGGUCAUACUGGCAACCCUGUGUGCCGUGCAAAAAUCACAUUGGAGUUGGCUAAAGGUAUUAAUGAUGGCUUGUACUACUAUGAACAAGAUUUGUGGAUGGGGCAGCAGGAGGAUGACACUCUGAUAAAGCAAGAGAUUGGGAACUUUAAGAAGCUAAAUAUCAUUAGUAAGGAAGAAUUUGAUAAUCUUGUACCAGAACCAAUUGUUGAAUCAACCGUGAGAGUUCUUCCAGCAGUAAGGAAAGAGGAACUGCCUCACUCUUUGUUCAGCAUUGAAGCACCUCCAGCAGCACCAAUCACUCAGUCACUGCCGACAGCAGUUCUAGAUUCCCCCUGUUUUCACCCCACGACUCCUUGCACCCUGAGACUACAGGAUCCCACCAAAACACCCAGGUUCUACCCCGUGGUUAAUGAACCACAAUCCAUUGAUGUCCAGAUUCCAAGAAAAAGAAAAACACAGCACAGUACAAAUCCUCCCUUAGAGUGCUACGUUGCUUGGGUGAUGAAUUCCAGAGACCAUUGGCCAAGAACUUCCUCUGUGAGUUCCAAUGCUUCACCUUCAGAAGGAGCUCUACUAGCAGGAAGUUCUGGGGGUACCCCAAAUUUUCUUCCAAAAUUUCAGCAUCCUUCUCAUGAACUGUUAAAGGAAAAUGGUUUUACUCAACAGGUGUGCCCCAAAUACCACCAGAGGUGUCUAAUGGAGAUGAAACAGGAAUUGACCAGUCCCAAAAAAUGAACAUUCUUUUUUUGUUUCUGGUCCUUUUUCUUGUUAAAAUGGUCUCUCAGGGAAAUGUAUGAGGCAUUCAAACAACUUGCUCUAGAUG